AUGCCACCGAAACGAAAGUAUGACGGAGAUUAUAUUAAACUGGGCUUAAUUUUAAUAGAAAGAAAUGAUGCUUUAAAGCCGGCAUGUAAAGACGGUACAUCCGAAGCAUUAGCUGCCAAAACGCUCCCGGAAUGCUUUGCUAUUGCGAUGAAAACAGUUAUAAAAGUAGUUAACUUCAUUAAAAAGAGUACACUUAAUACUUGUCUCUUCAAACAAUUGCGCUCAGAUAUGAACUCUGAACAUGCUGUCGAGCUGCAAAGGUCAGGAAAUUUGAAAUUGCAAGGUCCGAGCAAUAUAUUUGCAUAUGAAGAUAAAAUAAGUGCGUAUAUCGCUAAAAUCAAGUUAUGGACCAAGAAAGACGAGAGAGAAAACUUUUCUGCGUCUGAUACGCUGAAUCAAAUUAUUGACGGACAGUGUACUGAGAUUAAAGGAGAAAUACAAAAGAAUAAUGCACUUCAUUUGAAAAACCUAAAAAGUGGAUUUAAUCGCUAG